CCAGGCGAGGGCGAGGACGGGGGCGGCGUCGCGGUCGCCCUUUUAAGCCGCGGGGCCGCCACCUCCCGCCGGUGGAGUCGGUUACAAAGGCAGCCGCGGCUCGCGGAGGCCGCGCGCCCCUCGCCAUUUUCCCCAGCCGCGCUCGGACGCGGGCCGUCGUCGUAGCGGGAAAGGCGGAGCCGUGAGAACGCGGCCCCGGGCCGGGCCCCGCGGGGGCGGUCGCGGCUGCGGCCGCCGUGACGGCGACUUCAGGUCAGACGCUUCUCCCCACACCCCUCCUUCCGGAGAUGAGGGGAAGAUGUCGGUGUCAGGGCUCAAGGCCGAGCUGAAGUUCCUGGCGUCCAUCUUCGACAAGAGCCACGAGCGAUUCCGCAUCGUCAGCUGGAAGCUGGACGAGCUGCACUGCCAGUUCCUGGUGCCGCCGGCGCCGGCGCCGCUCGGCAGCCCGCACCCGCCGCCGCCGCCGCCGCCGCUCACCCUCCACUGCAACAUCACGGAGUCUUACCCAUCGUCCUCCCCAAUAUGGUUUGUGGACUCGGAUGACCCAAACCUAACAUCAGUUUUGGAACAUCUAGAAGAUAACAAGAACAACAAUUCGCUUCGUCAGCAAUUGAAGUGGUUGAUAUGUGAACUCUGCAGAUUAUAUAACCUCCCUAAACACCUGGAUGUUGAGAUGCUAGAUCAGCCACUCCCCACGGGUCAGAAUGGAGCAACGGAAGAGGUGACCUCAGAAGAGGAGGAGGAGGAAGAGAUGGUGGAAGAUAUAGAAGACUUGGAUCACUACGAGAUGAAGGAAGAAGAGCUUGUAAAUGGGAAAAUGGCAGAGGAUGAAGGAAUUGAAAAAGAAAAUUUAGCAAUAUUAGAGAAAAUUAGGAAAACUCAAAGGCAAGACCACUUAAAUGGUGCCGUGUGUGGUUCAGUGCAAGCUUCAGAUAGACUCAUGAAAGAACUCAGGGACAUAUAUAGAUCGCAGAGCUACAAGUCAGGGAUGUACUCAGUGGAGCUCAUAAACGACAGCCUGUACAACUGGCAUGUGAAACUUCACAAGGUGGACCCUGAUAGUCCUCUGCACAGCGAUCUUCAGAUCCUAAAGGAAAAAGAAGGCAUAGAAUAUAUUUUGCUUUGCUUCUCUUUUAAGGAUAACUUUCCGUUUGAUCCUCCCUUUGUUCGAGUGGUGUUACCUGUUCUCUCAGGAGGGUACGUGUUAGGUGGUGGAGCGCUGUGUAUGGAACUUCUCACGAAGCAGGGCUGGAGCAGCGCCUACUCUGUUGAGUCCGUCAUCAUGCAGAUCAACGCCACCUUAGUCAAGGGCAAAGCUAGAGUGCAGUUUGGAGCAAAUAAGAAUCAGUAUAAUCUAGCAAGAGCCCAACAAUCCUAUAACUCCAUCGUGCAGAUCCACGAGAAGAACGGCUGGUACACUCCUCCAAAGGAAGAUGGCUAAACUGUGUUGCCCAUCUUGUCUGCACUGAUGUUGCUUUCAAGAUCUUCUCAGCAUUCACACUCAGCGUUGAGUGCCAGCCACUGUGACCGCAGCACCUACCGAAGACUUUGGCCGCUGCUCCGUUGGCUGCCAUCAGGAUGAGGGACAGCCUUGCCCGCGCUCACGCCGGCAGCGGGACCGAGCAGCGGGCCUUCACUGUAUUUUUCCUGAUAAAUAACACAUACUGCCACUCCCGAUCAUCUCUUUUUCUCGAAAAGUGAAGUCUUUUGAGCAGGCAAGUCUGCAGCCUCCGCCAGCAGCGUCUCCACCGCGUCCUGGACGGAAGAGUUUGCAGACUCUCUCCCAUUAGAGCCAAUAAAAGUGUGAAAGAUGUUCAGUAUUGGUUUAGAGAAUUGUAGAUCUUCUAAGCCAUAGCCUUUUUCAGGUCUAACACUACUUGAUUGCCAAAAUAGUGACAGGAAACCCUAUUAUUAAAAUGCUGUACUUGG